AUGAGUAGAUCUAACGCACAGUACAACGAAGAUAUUGAUUUGGACUCAGUAUCUGACUUGAGCGAUAUUGGGGGCGGUUUUGUGGUUGGCGACACCGAUAACAAGAGAAGAAGAGCAACGGCAAGAAGAACACCAAAAAGACAAACCACCAAGAACACAACAUACACCGAACUACCUUCGGAAGACGAUAGUGAUGGUGAAAUCGAUUCUGACACUUACGCUAACGUGGAGGUACCCUCAAGAUCAAGAGCAACGCGUACAGCACGCGCAACACACACGCGUCGUAAUGGCAACCGACGCAAUGUGGCAAUCACCCAAGCCGACGAGUCAUCAUCUGACGACGAUGAAGAGUUCACCUUGAGCUUAGAGGAUGACAAAGACACUGCAUCAUCUGAUGACGACGAUGUUGAGUAUCUUGGAGCAACAACUGUGAAUGCAAGUGAGACUAAUGAUAGAACAAUCAUAGACAUUUCUUCCGAUGAUGAGCCUUUAGCAAGCUUGCCUGCUAGAGAGGCUCCAGCAGCGCAACCAAGGCAAGUGAAGAGGAAGCGAGCACCUGCAAGGGCGAAAAGAGUGGCGAAACCCAAAAUUUCGUAUUAUGAACGUUCUACAAACAAUCUUUACACCAAUCAUCCUGAGAUAAAAACCGUCUUUACAGACUUGGCUGGUUACGAGAAAAUCAAACCGGAGCGUGCUGAGCACCCUGUAGGUAUGUCCAUAAAAUUGUUGCCUUUUCAAUUGGAAGGAUUGAAUUGGCUUUUGAAGCAAGAGGAAGGUAGAUUCCAAGGAGGCAUUUUAGCUGACGAAAUGGGUAUGGGUAAAACAAUACAGACUAUCGGGUUGUUUAUGCACGACACCACCAAGAAACCAAACUUGGUUGUUGGCCCUACUGUUGCCUUGAUGCAAUGGAAAAAUGAAAUUGAGAGACACACAGAUGGCAAAUUGAAGGUGUUGCUAUUUCACGGUGGAAAUCGUGUUAACAAAGUUUCUGAAUUGGAGAGCUAUGAUGUGAUCCUUACAUCGUACGCGGUUUUGGAGUCUUCUUUCAGGAAGCAACAGUAUGGUUUUAAAAGGAAAGGAAAUCUUGUAAAGGAAAAAUCGGCAUUGCAUGAAACGGAGUUCUACAGAGUAGUGCUAGAUGAAGCACACAACAUCAAGGACAGAGCUUCAAAUACAGCCAGAGCAGCAAACCACCUCAAGACAAAGAAAAGAUGGUGUUUAACAGGUACCCCGUUGCAAAACAGAAUAGGUGAAAUUUAUUCCUUGAUUAGGUAUAUGAAAUUAGACCCAUUUCACAAGUAUUUCUGUACUAAAUGUGAAUGUGCUAGUAAUGAUUGGAAAUUUUCCAACGGAAGAACCUGUGACUUUUGUGGACACCCAGGGAUGAUGCAUACUAAUUUUUUUAAUCAUUUUAUGUUGAAGAAUAUUUUAAAGUUUGGAUUGGAAGGAGACGGUAUGGAUAGUUUCAAAAAUUUGCGAUUGUUGCUAGAUAAUAUGAUGUUGCGAAGAACCAAGAUUGAACGAGCCGACGAUUUGGGGUUGCCUCCAAGAAUUGUUGAAAUCAGACGUGACAAGUUCAACGAAGAGGAGAGAGAUCUUUACACAUCGCUCUACAGUGACUCCAAACGAAAGUUUAAUGACUAUGUGGCCGAGGGUGUUGUUUUGAACAACUAUGCCAAUAUCUUCACCUUGAUUACCAGAAUGAGGCAAUUGGCUGACCACCCAGAUUUAGUCUUGAAGAGGUACGGAACCAAUCAAAUUUCUAAUGAAAUUGAUGGUGUGAUUAUUUGUCAACUCUGUGAUGACGAAGCAGAGGAACCAAUAGAGUCAAAAUGCCACCAUAGAUUUUGCCGCAUGUGUAUUCAAGACUAUAUCGAGUCAUUUGAUGGCGUCAACAGUAAAUUGACAUGUCCUGUUUGCCAUAUAGGUUUGUCAAUUGACUUGGAGCAACCUGCUCUCGAAGUGGAUGAAGAGUUGUUCACAAAGGCGUCAAUUGUGAAUAGAAUCAAACAGGGCUCACAUGGAGGUGAAUGGAGGUCUUCAACUAAAAUAGAAGCACUUGUGGAAGAGUUAUACAAACUCAGGUCCGAUAAGCAUACAAUCAAGUCGAUUGUGUUUUCGCAAUUCACCUCAAUGUUGGAUUUAAUUGAGUGGAGAUUGAAAAGAGCUGGGUUUCAAACAGCGAAAUUGUCUGGUUCUAUGUCACCUCAACAGCGUGACAACACGAUCAAGUAUUUCAUGGAUAAUAUUGAAGUUGAAGUGUUUUUGGUUUCGUUAAAGGCAGGUGGUGUCGCCUUGAACUUGUGCGAAGCGUCGCAGGUAUUUUUAAUGGAUCCUUGGUGGAAUCCAAGUGUCGAGUGGCAGUCUAUGGACCGUGUUCAUAGAAUAGGUCAAAAAAGGCCGAUUAGGAUCACCAGGUUUUGUAUUGAGGAUAGUAUUGAGCUGAAAAUUAUCGAAUUACAAGAGAAGAAAGCUAAUAUGAUCAAUGCUACUAUUAAUCACGAUGAGGCUGCGGUGAGCAAAUUGACUCCUGAUGAUUUGCAAUUUUUGUUUAUGAAUUGA